AUGAGCUUAAAUAUGGGAGACAGAAAACAUAAGAAAUUGAAGUUGGAAUCAGCAGAAGAAAUCGCCGAAGAGGCUGAAAGGGAAACCUUAAGAAAGCAUCAUGACGAAACUCAGCAGUUAAAUUUCCAUGAUGAUGGUGAAUUCGGUAAUAUCACCAGACAUCAAUCAACUACUAAACAAGCGAACAAUUUAGAAGAUGGUAAAACCAACCCAUUCAGUGGUAAUGAAUUCUCUGUUGGGUAUUUUGACAUCUUGAAGACCAGAAGAAAUUUACCUGUACAUCAACAAAGAGAUGAAUUUUUGAAGGUAUUUCAAAAAAAUCAAAUCAUGGUGUUCGUUGGGGAAACUGGUUCAGGUAAAACUACUCAAAUCCCCCAAUUUGUUUUAUUUGAUGAUUUACCUCAUUUACAAGGUACUCAAGUUGCAUGUACUCAACCAAGAAGAGUUGCUGCUAUGUCUGUUGCUGCCAGAGUUGCCGAUGAAAUGGAUGUUAAAUUAGGUGAAGAAGUAGGUUAUAAUAUUAGAUUUGAUAAUAAAACCAGUAACAAGACCAUUUUGAAAUAUUUAACUGAUGGGAUGUUAUUGAAAGAAGCCAUGGAUGAUCAUUUAUUAUCCAGAUAUUCUGUUAUCAUAUUAGAUGAAGCCCAUGAAAGAACUUUAGCUACCGAUGUCUUGAUGGGAUUAUUGAAAAGAUUAGUUGCUAAAAGAAAAGAUUUGAAGAUCAUUAUUAUGUCUGCUACUUUAGAAGCUAAGAAAUUUCAAAGUUACUUCAAUGAUGCUCCAUUGAUUACUGUUCCAGGUAGAACUCAUCCAGUCGAAAUUUAUUAUACACCAGAAUAUCAAAAAGAUUACUUAGAUGCUGCAAUCAGAACAGUUUUACAAAUUCAUGCUACUGAAGAUGAAGGUGAUAUUCUUUUAUUCUUAACAGGUGAAGAAGAAAUUGAAGAUGCAGUUAAAAAGAUUCAAUUAGAAAAUGAUCAAUUAAUGAGAGAAGGUCAAAGUGGUGAUAUUAAAGUUCAUCCAUUAUAUGGAUCAUUACCACCAUAUCAACAACAAAAGAUUUUCGAACCAGCACCACCAAAUGUCAAUGGUAGAAUCAGUAGAAAAUGUAUUGUUUCUACUAAUAUUGCUGAAACCUCCUUAACUAUAGAUGGGGUUGUUUAUGUUAUUGACCCUGGUUUCAGUAAACAAAAGGUUUAUAAUCCAAGAAUUAGGGUGGAAUCUCUUUUAGUUUCACCAAUUUCCAAAGCUAGUGCUCAACAAAGAGCUGGUAGAGCUGGUAGAACUAAACCAGGUAAAUGUUUUAGAUUAUACACUGAAGAAGCUUUCAAGAAAGAAUUAAUUGAUCAAUCAUAUCCUGAAAUCUUAAGAUCAAACUUAAGUAACACCGUUUUAGAAUUGAAAAAAUUAGGUAUCGAUGAUUUAGUUCAUUUCGAUUUCAUGGAUCCUCCAGCUCCUGAAACUAUGAUGAGAGCUUUAGAAGAAUUGAACUAUUUGAAUUGUCUCAGUGAUGAAGGGGAAUUAACUUCAUUAGGUAGAUUAACUUCUAAUUUCCCCUUGGAUCCAAUGUUAGCAGUUUUAUUGAUCGGUUCGGUUGCUUUCAAUUGUUCCAAUGAAAUCUUGACUAUUGUUUCAUUAUUAUCAGUACCAAACAUUUUUGUUAGACCUAUCCAAAAUAGAAAAUUGGCUGAUGAAAUCAAGAUGUCCUUUGCUCAUAAAGAUGGUGACCAUUUAACCUUACUUAAUGUCUAUUAUGAAUUCAUUGAAAAUGGUGAAGAUGCAAAAUGGUGUAGAGAAAAUUUCUUGAACUAUAGAUCUUUAGUCAGUGCUAAGAAUGUUAGAAAUCAAUUGAAAUCUAUCAUGGAAAAGCACGAAGUCAGAUUAUGUUCAAAUAAUUUCAAUGAUAGAAGUUACUGGGAUAAUAUAAGGAAAGCUUUAGUUGCUGGAUUCUUCAUGCAAGUAGCUAAAAAGAAAUCAGGUGCUAACAAAAACAAUUAUUUAACCAUCAAAGAUAAUCAAGAUGUCUUGAUCCAUCCAUCAUCAGUAUUAACAUUUGAAAAUGAAUGGGUUAUCUACAAUGAAUUUGUGUUAACAUCUAAAAAUUAUAUUAGAACUGUCACCAACAUCAAACCUGAAUGGUUGAUAGAGUUGGCCCCAAAAUAUUAUAAUUUAGAUCAUUUCCAGAAGGGGGAUGUUAAAUUAUCAUUAGAAAGAAUUCAUAAGUCUGUUAGAGGUUAA